CCUAGCAGUGUGGACCCCAGCCCAUAAUCCUCCUGCAGACACACCUGCAGAGGAGAGUAUAAAAACCCUGGACUGCACUGAGUCAAACAUCAAGCCUCAAACAGUCUCUCCACACAAGCUCCACAGCCUCUGGACUGACCCUGAAGAUGACUCCCUCUGCCAGCCUGCUGCUGCUGGUCCUGCUCGGCCUCUCUAAGGCUCAGCCUCUCCAGGAGGAAGGAAGCGCAGAAGAAGUCCCAGACACCAUGGACAUCACCACCAGGAUUCUGACUUCUAACAACGCCACCAAUGAGAUCCUGCUGGAAGGAGACCUGCUGGCUCCCAGAACCAGAAACGCCAUGACGUGCUGGUCCCAGAGUUGCCUGUGGAGGAAAGCCUCCAACGGCUUGGUGAUGAUCCCCUUCACCAUGAGCCGUGAGUUCACCAGCUGGGAGAAGCAGAAGAUCGACGUGGCCAUGAAGUCCUACCAAAGCAGGACCUGCAUCCGCUUCGUCCCCCGUCAGAACGAGUACGACUACAUCAGCGUCGAGAACAGAGCCGGAUGUUUCUCGGCUCUUGGCAGAGAGGGAGGCAGACAGGUGCUCUCUCUCAACAGGCAGGGCUGCCUCUACCACGGCAUCAUCCAGCACGAGAUCAACCACGCUCUGGGCUUCCAGCACGAGCAGACCAGGAGUGACCGCGACCAAUACGUCAGGAUCAACUGGGAGAACAUCGAUCCACGAAUGGCCUACAACUUCCACAAGCAGCCCACCAACAACCUGAACACUCCCUACGACUACUCCUCCAUCAUGCACUAUGGAAGAACAGCCUUCUCCAUCCAGUACGGGAGGGACUCCAUCACCCCCAUCCCCAACCCCAACGUCCAGAUCGGCCAGAGGCAGGGCAUGUCCCGCGGGGACAUCUUGAGAAUCAACCGGCUCUACAGCUGCUAACAACCUUGUUGAUGCCAAAUGCAACAAACUCAAGUUUUUCUGUUUGUUUUUUCUGUAAUUGAAUAAAAGCUUCUAUAACCUAUGGAAUCGAUGUUAAAGAUUACAGUGCCUUUAACCACAUUCUUUCAAAUGGUCAAAUG